GAGUGGAGUUCGGGGAUCGCACUUGGACCUGGUCUCAAGUGAGCUUGGAGUUCGAGGGAUUCAGGACACCAACUGCUUCCUAACCCACUCCGAGCUCUCGCUUUUGUGCGCCAAGCUUUGCAGACGCUGGACUCCCGUCGUGGAGGUCACCCCAGACUUCCACGCAUCUGAAGAGACUGGCGAUCACACGAUGCUGGCACUUGCAGCUGCGGGGCUCCCUUCAGAGGAUCAGGUAAACCUGGACGUUGCCAACCCCGACUCCCUCGCUGAUGCCGGGCGCCGACUACAUGAGCAAGGGUUCCGCCUCAUCACAGCCGAGCCUGUUUCCGAAGGCCGCCCAGAGGAUCGGGCCCGGCCCAGCUUCGAAGAGCUGCGGCACAUGCGCCCAUUGAUCAUACACUUAGGCACACAUUACUUCCUCCUUGACUCCGUGGACGAGAUGCCAGAGUCCUUAAGCAUGGAGGAGGCGAGCACGACAUCAUCAAGAGGCUUCCUUGAAAAGUGCGGGCGGUGCUUCUUCCGAUGCUUCGACCGAUGGUCGACAACUCGCUCCUUCGGAAGUGAGGCUCGUACCCCGCUACGACAAUGA